AUGCCAGUAUUUAUCUCAGGUGCAACAGGCUUUAUUGCUCAACACGUAAUCAAGGAACUUUUGAAUGACGGUUUUCAAGUUAUUGGAUCAGUUAGAAGUAAAGCAAAAGGAGAGUAUUUAUCAAGCUUAAUCAAAUCAAAGAAGUUUUCGUAUGCCGUGGUGCCUGAUAUUGUAGCCACUGGUGCAUUUGAUCAGGUCUUGCAAGAAAACCAGGAUAUUGACAGUUUUAUUCACACCGCAAGUCCCGUCGAUUUUCAAGUAAGUGAUGUCCAAACUGGUCUCUUGGAUCCCGCGAUUGAGGGAACAAAGAACGUGUUAAUAGCAAUUGAGAAAUAUGGCAAGAAUGUCAAAAAUGUUGUUGUCACUUCAUCAACGUCCGCAGUCCGCGAUUCUAGUGGCAGUAGACCAUCAAAUAGUCUCCUUACUGAAGCCUCUUGGAACGAGAUCACAUUAGAGCAAGGUUUAAAGUCGGCAAGAUUGGGGUACUCUGCUGCGAAGACAUUUGCAGAAAAGGAGGUUUGGAAAUUUGCAGCUGAACACAACGGUACUUUUAAUAUCACCACAGUCAACCCAACUUACGUUUUUGGUCCACAAGCGUUCGAAGUUCAAAAUAAAAGCCAGUUGAAUGAUUCAGCAGAAUAUGUUAACAACAUUUUUAAAUUGAAACCAAAUGACGAUAUUCCUAUGUUCGUUGGGCUAUUCAUUGACGUGAGAGAUGUCGCUAAAGCCCACGUAGCUGCUAUCAAGAAACCAAAGGAAUUCAACGGCCAAAGAUUGGUGCUUAUAAAUUCUGCUUGGACAAAUGAACUUCUUGCAGUAAUCAUCAAUAAGCAUUUUCCUAAUGUUGAUAUUCCAAAAGGAAAUAUUGAGAAAAGUGAUGAAGAAUUGAAGAAAGCGGAUCUUAAAUGGGAUAAUUCUAAAACCAAGAAGCUUUUGGGUUACAGCUUUAUUCCAAUUGAGAAGUCUGUAGUUGACGCAGUUCAACAACUUCUUGAUACCGAGUAA